UUUUGGACGGAGGACCUGACACACAGAAAGCGAGUGAGCGAGCGCGCUCGUGCUCCUGUCUGAUGCUGCUACUGCUGUCAUGUUCAGUUUAUUGUCGUUGCUAUCAACUCCAGUAAAGUUUCUUCUGUGAGAACAUGAAGCUUUUAAAUUACAAGUCGACGCUUGGACAACUUCACUUCUCCUCGACGUUGUGUUGGAGGUAAAUAAAGUCCUACAUGAGGCAGAACGGACGGAAAUAAUCAGUUGGAUAUGAAUCUUUCCUUCAUUUUUACUUUUUUUAACCGGCUAAACGAAUAGUGCGCGCGCUCGAGCCUUGUGACAAGUUACCAAGUUGCACGAGCUGUUUCCUCUCUCUAGGUAAACAUUGCAUGCUUUUAAGCACCAGCACAAUGUCGCGCAGCUGAGACUGGAUAUCAGAAGAGCUUUCUUUACCUACAUUUAAUUCAAUUAAGCCUAGAGUGGUUUACAAAAUCGGAACAUGGAGCUGGCCACCUGUCUGCUUGCUGGACUUUUAGCGCUGUGUUUACCUCUGUACUCCUGGACAGCAGCUCUCAGUGAUCAUGAAGGGAUGAGCUUCCAGCGUGACUGGUCUAAAUUUGAAGGCGUGGCUAACUUCAGCACAUUCCUAUUAGACAGAAACUCUGGGACACUCUACCUGGGGGCACGAGAUGCGAUCGUUGCUGUGGAAACUAACAACCUAUCAAAAUGGCAAAAGAUUUCCUGGACUGUUCCUGAUGAAAAGAGGAAAUCCUGUGUGGCUAAAGGAAAGACUGAGGUGGACUGCAAUAACUACAUCCGUCUGCUAGAGUUUCUGAAAGAUGGACGAAUCUAUGUCUGCGGCACCUAUGCCUUCGACCCCCAGUGUGCCUUUCUGAAUACCUCUACGUUUUCUCUGGAAACUGAGGAUGGCAAUGUGAAGAUGGAGACAGGAAAAGGGAAAUGCCCUUUUGAGCCCAGCCAGCACUAUACUGCAGUCAUGGCAGGAGGGACUCUGUACACUGCUGCCACUAGUAACUUCCUGGGUACCCUAUUCGACAUUUCCAGGGCAACAGGCAUCGAGCAAGAGCGCAUCCGGACUGAGCGAUCUAUCAACUGGCUCAGUGAUCCAGAGUUUGUCGGCUCAGCAUUUAUCAAAGAGGAUGAAAUGAACAACCCUACACAGGAAGACGACAAGAUCUACUUUUUCUUUACUGAGGUUGCCAAAGAAUACGACCUUUACACCAAAGUUAAAGUGCCCAGAGUAGCACGAGUGUGUAAGUCUGAUAUUGGGGGAAUGAAGACCCUGCAAAGACGUUGGACAACGUUUCUGAAGGCUCAGUUGGUGUGUGAGGACCGAGCGAGUGGUCAGCGCUUUAACAUUCUGACCGAUGUCUUUACCAAACAGCACCAACCAGGAGACCCCAGCAGCACUCAUUUCUACGGCAUCUUCACAUCACAGUGGGAAAGGGAGGCGAUGUCUGCAGUGUGCGUUUACAGUCUGGAUGACAUCAUUAAGGUGAUGAAUGGGCCAUUUAAAGAGCUGAAGAAGAGCUGUGAGAACUGGAUGAACCCUGAACCAGUACCCACACCCAGACCAGGCCAGUGUCUGAAUGCGGCUCUGAAAGCAGAGGGCUUUGAUUCAUCUCUGAAGCUGCCUGAUAAAGUACUGACAUUCAUGCGAGAUCACCCCUUGAUGGAGAACAGUGUGGUGUCAACACCCCUGCUGGUUAGGAGUGGAGUUGCAUACACCAAAGUAGCGGUCACUCUGACGCGCGUCUUCAAUGGCAACAGCAGACUAAAUGCUACUGUCCUGCAUCUUGGAACAGAUCGUGGGGAGCUUCACCGAGUUGCAGUGGUGGGACAGAACACAACACUUCUGGAGGAAAUCCCUCUUUUUCCAGCUUCAGAACCAGUCAACAAUAUCAUCCUUUACAAGGAUGAGGCUGUGGUUGGUUCUCCCCUCUCUCUGGUGAAGUUGUCUGUAGAAGGAUGCUCCAUGUACCUUACUUGUGAAGUAUGCGCUCGUGCUCGUUCACUCGGCUGUGUGUGGAGAGAAAAGGUCGGGGCAUGUGAUCGAGCCAUCACUGAAUCAGGUGAGGUGCUGAAACAUGAGGACUUGGUGAGCCAGUGUGGCAGUGGUGAAGAUCGCUGCUCUCCUGUAAAAAGAGAGCUACAUGUGGUGGAGGGACUGCACGUGCUGUUGCCCUGCGUUCAGGUAUCACCUCGACCCUGCUACUGGCAGCACCCAGAUCAGAGACACACACGCCGCCACCACUCUGACCUGGAGGUGCGAGUUACACAGGAAAGCAAGGGCACCUACGUAUGCUACUGUGAGGAAGCUGGGCGGGACCAGCCACCCUGUCGCCAGGCUGAAUACGAACUUGUCCUGGAUGAGCCAAGCAUAGGCAGCAUUGCCAAGCUAGCAGGCAACCGGCAGUACAUUUUUGGUUACAUACUGUUCUUCGUCAUGGGUUUCCUGGUAUGCGGCGUAUUUGUGUUUUUAUCUCGCAAGCGUCGAAACAGAAGAGGAGUCAGUCACUCUUCGUCAAGGUCUGAAAAGGGACGAGACCUUUUGCCAUCUUCAGACACGCCCCAGUCACCCAGCAGUGCCAGUCUGCUCUCGGAGGGGGUGGCAUUUGCAGAGAAAAGGAACGGGACGCUGAAUGGCCACGGCGGUCACAUGGUACAUACGUGUAUUUACACUAAUUCUAGUGGCCUGAAGCUACAGGAUUCAGCGGUGAACCUGGCAGAGGAGCUGGAUGGCCGAGAGAGGGCCGGACCUGAGGGAGAGGAGGAGGGCCUCGGAGAGGGGCUUAGUGAAAUAGGGGAUGGACUAAAGGGAUUAGAGGAAGAACUUGCUAAGCUUCAGAUGAUAAGAGGAGCUCCACUGGCACAGUGUGAGGAAAGCUCAAUCUAAGAACAUGCACACAAAAAGAACUUAUGACCACAGAAUAAACUCACUUACACCUUUAAUUCCACCUGAUCGUUUAACAUGUAGCAAGACUGGUGGAGUGAACAGGUGAAGUGCAUGAAGACUUGUGAGCAAACACUCAUGCACUCAUUAAGUACUCACAAUCUUGAGAAAAGUAAAAAGCUUUCAGAAGUCACAGUGUGUGAUGUGUUGUUUUGCUGUGUGGCUAGAAACAAGUGUGUGUCAUUGCA